CCAUCUGUCAAGCGCGAUAAAAUGCAAAAUGGCCACGUUUGAUUUGAACGAGGGCAACUUUCCUAAACCAACUGAUGUAACUGACAGAACAGAAUGGGUGCCUCUUUCCCUAACCCUGGUCGAGUACCCCAAAGGUGAUUUCAUCGGUAAAAUCUUCGCUUUGAUCAGUCUGGCCCCCUUUGGAAUCGGGGCCGGUUUCGUGGCUUUAAUUCUCUUUCGACGCGACUUGCACACGAUAACGUUUUUUCUCGGGACGUUGUGCUCGGAAGCCCUCAACUAUUUCCUCAAACACACGAUUUGCGAGGAACGACCCAUGAGGAGGACGGACUUGUACGGGGAAUAUGGCAUGCCCUCGUCACAUGCCCAGUUUGUGUGGUUUUUCGCCACUUACGUCAUUUAUUUCGUGUUUAUUAGGCUCCACCACAUGAACAAUAACACGAUUAUUGAGAACGUGUCGAAGAUUUUAAUAAUAUCGUCGUCACUGGUGAUGGCGCUAUUGGUCUGUGUUAGUCGCAUUUAUCUGCAGUACCACACCAUCUCCCAGGUCUUGUGUGGGGCUUUCGUGGGAAUCUUAUUUGCAACUUUUUGGUUUGCGCUGACUUACCUCGUGUUCACGCCACUUUUUCCCCAAAUAGUGACCUGGAAAAUUUCAGAAAUUUUAUUAUUGAGAGACACGACGUUGAUACCAAACGUUUUGUGGUUCGAAUAUACAAAUACUCGGCAAGAAGUUAGGGCGAGGAGUAGGAAAUUGGUCAGUAUGAAGUCCCAAUGACAUCUGCUGGAAGACGGUUUUCGGUUUGCUUUUCCGCACCGUUUGGUCCGAUAUUUGAAAAUAUAUUGGCCCCGGAAACGGUAAUCGUMGACCAAAAAUCGUUCAGAAGGUAAAACAAUCAAUAGUUAUUUUUAUAUAAGCGGCUUUUUUGUAAAAACCAGAGUUGUCAAUUGGUGACAYAUUACAUCAUCAUUUCAUGUGACUAUAUGUUAAUGUAGAGUCGGUGUUUUUUGGGGCAUGUAAUCUACCCGAAAAAUCAUAAAUGUGUUACUUUUUCUACUAUCGCAAUACUUUGCUCGUCUUGUUGUUUUUAGGGGCUUUUGUUGAUAUUAGGGCAAUUUUUAUUCUCACCUUCGACCUACAUAUGUUGUAGGCCAAGUGACUGAUAUCAGAUAAUUAACGUUCAUGAUAAUAAGACUACAUGACAAACACCACGGCAGUUAGAUAUUUAGUGACCUAAAAUAGUUGAAUUGGUAGCUUUCUUGUUGACUUUGUUAUUUUAUUUUUUAAUUAAUUCCAUAGAUUUAUGUUGUUUUGCUUUACAUUUAUACACAAAAAUUUGUUUCUGGUGACAAUACUCAAAAAACAAGUACUGCCAACCGUUCGGUCUUGUUGGCAGCCUUGCAGCUAACCCGGCGCAUCCACCAUUUUGCUGCAAUAUUCAUUUCGUUAAGUUGAAUUAAUGAAAACAAUGUUUUUCGCUUUAGAAUGGAAGUUAUGUGCUGUAUCUGGGGGAUAACAAAUUAUUGUCUUUUCUACCAACCUGAAAUUCACUAUUAUUAAACUAGGGCGAAGACCACUGUUUUUGUUCAAUUGACAGCAAUUGUAAUAAUGUACUUAAUAACCAUUCGACUGAUUUAUUAAAUAGUUUAUAGACGAUUGAUAGAGUAGCUAAAUCUAGCAGUGAAACAGUUGCAAGCGUUCCAGGCUUGCCAAUAAGGGAGUGAUUUUUGAUGAGGUAAUUUCCCUAAAAGUGCUUUAAUUAGAGGAUAUUCGUGUAAUUGUUGACAAGAACCCGACUUGGUAAUUGUUGACGAGUUUUCCAGUGCAAUAUUAAGAUUUUUUUUCUGAUUUUAUUAUUACUCAAGGUUCAGGGUAAAAAUUUAAAAAAAGAUCGGUUUAGAAUCAAAUAAGAAAACGCACAAAUGUACAGUUUUUGGAUCUUUUUUGUGUCAUUGUUUUAUUGUUUGUAUGUUUAUAAAUAAGCAGUAGUAUAAAUAAAUGUAAAUUUUACUACCAAAUUAAAUUAACAAACCGA